AGCCGCCUCAGGAGUUUUUUCCCCGCAACCAGCCAGCACGAGUCCGGAGCUCCUGUCAGCGACCACCCAGCGGCCCCCAGCUCAGCCCGCAGCCGGCCUGGAGAGCGCUCUGUGCGGGGGAGAGGCUGUGCAAUCCUCGGCAGUGUUCUGAGACUGUACGGUCACCUCCUCCGAUCUCCUCCUCGGCUCUCACGGACUAACCGCGCAGGUUUAUUCUAACAGGCAGUCUUCCACUUUUUCUCUCUGAAGUUGGACUUAAUUCAGCCUGUCGAGGGAUUACAACAGAGCAGAAGGAAACAUGACGGCGGAUAAGGAGAAGAAGAGGAGCAGCUCGGAGCGCCGGAAGGAGAAGUCUCGGGACGCGGCGCGAUGCCGGCGCAGCAAAGAGACGGAGGUGUUCUACGAGCUGGCCCACCAGCUGCCGCUGCCCCACAGCGUCAGCGCCCACCUGGACAAGGCCUCCAUCAUGAGGCUGGCUAUCAGCUUCCUGCGCACGCGCAAGCUGCUCGCCAUGAGCUGCUCUGGCGAUGCGAACGACGAGGACGGACAGAUGGACAGUCUGUACCUGAAGUCCCUGGAGGGCUUCGUCACCGUGGUAACGUCGGACGGCGACAUGGUCUUCCUGUCCGAGAACAUCAGUAAAUUCAUGGGGCUCACGCAGGUGGAGCUCACCGGACACAGCAUCUUCGACUUCACUCACCCCUGUGACCACGAGGAGAUCAGAGAAAACCUCACCCUGAAGACAGCUGGGACCGGCUUCGGUAAAAAAGGCAAAGAUUUGAGCACGGAGCGGGACUUCUUCAUGAGGAUGAAGUGCACCGUGACCAACAGGGGGCGCACCGUCAACCUCAAGUCAGCCAGCUGGAAGGUGCUGCACUGCACCGGACACCUGAAGAUGUACAGCAGCUGCCCUCCCAGGGUGCUGUGCGGCUUCAAGGAGCCGCCGCUCACCUGCGCCGUCCUGAUGUGCGAACCCAUCCCGCACCCGUCCAACAUCGACACGCCGCUGGACAGCCGGACCUUCCUGAGCAGACACAGCAUGGACAUGAAGUUCACCUACUGCGACGACAGGGUGACGGAGCUGAUGGGGUACGCUCCCGAGGAUCUGCUGGGACGCUCCGUCUACGACUUCUACCACGCCCUGGACUCGGACAGCGUCACCAAGAGCCACCACAACUUGUGCAGCAAGGGUCAAGCAGUGAGCGGUCAGUACCGGAUGCUGGCUAAGAGCGGAGGCUACGUCUGGGUGGAGACCCAGGGAACGGUGAUCUACAACAGCCGCAACUCUCAGCCUCAGUGCAUCGUGUGCAUCAACUACGUCCUCAGCGACAUCGAGGAGAAGUCGAUGAUCUUCUCUCUGGAGCAGACGGAGUCGCUGAUGAAGCCUCGACACAUGAGCAGCUUCUUCACCGCCGGAGGAGCGGCCCUGAGCGGAGAGCCGGGAGACGCCCUCUUCACGGAGCUCAAGGAGGAGCCGGAGGACCUGGCUCAGCUGGCUCCCACGCCCGGAGACACCAUCGUCUCCCUGGACUUCGGCCGCUCUCAGUUCGAGGAGCCCCAGCAGCCGACGGCGUACCCGCAGGUGUCUGCUUCAGGCCCUGCCAGACCUCCAUCCUGGGCGAGCGAGAGCCACAAGUCCGCCGCCGCCGCCUCGUGUCAGACCCCGGCUCCUCCGGUUACCGGAGACGUGGCGAGCAUGGCGGGCACAUUCAGCAUGAGGCAGAAUCCUCCGCCGGGCAGCGCCACGCCGAGCCUGAGCAGCUGCUCCACGCCCAGCAGCCCCGGCGACUACUACAGCCCGGUGGAGAGCGACCUGAAGGUGGAGCUCACCGAGAAGCUCUUCGCUCUGGACACAGACGGAGGCAGCGGCUCUGCAAACACCGAGAGAGACUUGAGUGACUUGGACCUGGAGACUCUGGCUCCGUACAUCCCCAUGGACGGAGAGGACUUCCAGCUCAAUCCCAUCAUCCCUGAGUCCGAGCCGCUGGAGGCGGCCCCCGCCGGGUCCAUGGGGGCCAACGGCAACCUGCCCCCAUCGCAGCAGAGCUUCAGCAACAUCGCCAGCCUCUUCCAGCCGCUGUCCUCCCCACCUCAGCCGCAGGGCGCGUACCAGCUCCAGCCCUCGGCCUCCUGGGGCGCGGGGGACAAGAGGGGCAGCGGGCAGGCGGCCGCCGACACCCACGUCAUGUCCUACAUGAUGGGGCGCAUGAGGAAUCCGUCCUGCACCCCGCUGUCCUCCAUGGGUGGCAGGCAGAACCUGCAGUGGCCCCCGGAUCCUCUGUUAACCUACCAACAGCAGCCGCAGAGGAGCUCCAAGCCCUUCCUGAUGGACACCCUGUCGGGGGAGGGGCGCCCGUCCUGCCAGCAGACCAUGCAGCACCUCAUGCAGAAGCGGAGGUCCGUUGAUGACUUUGCACAAGUCUACAGAGACAUGAGUCCAGCCAGAGUGGCCAUGACCAACAGCAUCAAGCGCUCCUUCAACCAGAUGGCUGUGGGGGAGAGUAAGCAUCCAGAGACCACAUGGAAGAAGAUGAGAGGGAACGGCUGCAUGGAUCGCUCUCUCAGCUCAGGAUCUCUGGCAGAGUCGGAGAUGAGGCAGAUGAUGCCGGGCAGCAUGUCCUCGUGUCUCAGCUCGCUGCAGCAACACAGGAAGUCUCAGUAUCCGGGAAGCGGCGGGAUUAGCAGCGCAACGGAAAAAGCCUUCCCCCAGAAGAGCUGCAGCUACACGCAGUUUAACAUGCCGCCUUCAAACAAGUCAGAGGGCAUCAGCCGCUUGCUGGGCCCGUCCUUCGAGCCCUCCUUCCUGCCCGAGUUGACCCGUUACGACUGCGAGGUCAACGUCCCGCUGCAGGGCAGCCUGCACCUCCUCCAGGGCUGCGACCUGCUGAGAGCCCUGGACCAGGCCACCUAGAGCGCCUCGCCCGCCGUCGGCCUCCGCCCGGACUGACUCCCACCCAGCGGCCCGAGACUUUUCAGUCCUCGUCUUUGUACCUCGAAGGCCUCGUGAAAGCCGCGGGGCGAAGCUACCUAAUGGUAUUCAUUACCACACCCUGCCUUAUUUAGCCUCACCCCCGUCGUCUGUAGACUUCAACCUCUAGAUUGUCUAAACAAGCUGAGAAAUCAGGGUCAAGCCACUCACACCCCUUCAAAAAUCCUCAAAGCUGCCCUGCAUUGAUAAAACUCAUCUCCUGCCCACAUAUGUUGAAAUAGAAGGGGGUCAGAGAGAUUUUCUUUUAAAACUUGUGACCUGUAUUAAAAAGUCUUGACACUGGGAUAACGCCUGCCUCACCAGGGUUAAAGGCCUGGAAGUUAACCCCGGCCUGGUGUGAAGUGGGUGUUAGUGGUGUGGGAUUAAAAAAAAACGUAGAAAGGCUCCUUUACAUGCUAGCUCUGCCCAAACGUCCACACGGUGGAGAACCAGCGAGCUGCAGCUCACAUCCCAGCCCUCUACUUCUACUCUGUACUACCUACACUCUCACUAACAAACACACUGUGUGCUUUUCAUGUCGAGUAUUUGACCUGCAGCUCGGAGACACGCCGCUCCAGUCAGAGACUCGAGCUGGAGCUGGGUAUCAUGAGCUGAUUCUGAAGUCCCAAAACUCUCUCCUCUCCUCUUGUUGUCUGAUUCUGCUCAUCGGUUCCCCCAAAGAUGACGUUUCUAAUCACGACGGUGCAAUACGCAGGACUGGAGCACUUUACGAUGUGGCGAAAUGUAAAGAAGCACUGAUUUCUGCUUCUGAUUAGUAAAUGUAGUUUUAUUUAAAUUAUUGGUCGAGGCCAUUAAAGAGAUGAACAGAAUAUAGACACAAGAUUCCCCAAAUCCUAAAGUUAUGAUCUCUAUGGAGGCCAGCUCCAGUAAAGUCAUUUGUAUUUUUGUUGUAUGAUAAAACAUCUAAUUGUAUAUAGAAGGUCAACUUGAUUUAAAAAGGAAAAAAAAAAAAGUUUUACUUCUUUCAUUGUGUCGCUUUGGAUGGAUUUUACAAUCAGAAACAAGCGAAAACCUCUAAACUGAGCUCGUAUGUGUUUGCUUGUGGCUCUCCUGUCUCAGAUGUAAUGUCUUUUAUGGGUACAUGGCCUUAAUGUCUCCUGGUAAAUGUUCUCACUCAAGUUUCCCAGCUUGUAGUUUCCUCAUCGUGUGGCGGGAUGGUGCAGGGCGGCAACGGGACGACUGCGCCUCUGCCAAGUCACAGAUGGCGAGUUUCUCGUUGCUGUUUCUGUAACAUUCUUUUACUUUUGUUUUUGUCUUUUUUGUUUGUUUGUUUGUUUGUUUUUUGAUGGGGUUGUUGAUCGUGUGCAAAACCUCCCACCUGGAGGAGCAGUGGAUUGUCUGGCUCAGGUGACCCGGCCAGGACCUCCAGAGGUCCAGUCAGCAUAACGUAGCAGUUUCCGUGCAGCGCGAGGCGGAAGCUCUGUUAAAAAUUUUUAGCUUAGCGUUAGCUUCCGUCUCGGUGUUGAAGUUUCAGAAGUUAUAACGUAAUCCAACAAAACGUGCAGAUACGUCGUCAUUUUCCCCGAAGCGACCCAGAAGCUGCAGAGCUCGGCAGAGAACCAGAAGCGGUGAAAUGAUACCCAGCCCAGCUCAAACCGGCGGGAUUCAUCGGCCUGCCUCGUCUUUCUGAACCCGUCCCGCCGCUAACCGGUUCACAGUAGCAUUAGUUUGGGUCAAAUUAUAAACAUUAUAUUUUUUAUUUUAGAGUUAUUAUGAUUAUUCUAUAUUUCUGUUACUGAAUUGAGACAUUUUAGCUCCUAUCCACCCCCUCCUCACAUUAUUUAAUCCAAAUCGACGGGACACUUUACGUAUCGAUCCUGCUUUGUUUUGUUUUUUCUUUUUGCAUUUACUUUCUUCUUACUCAGUUCACCAGAUCAUUAAACAUAUAUUGCCAUACAUGUACUCUACUGUAAGUUGAAUAUUGUUAAGUUUUGUUUAUUUUUUUCCAUCUUUUCUUCCUAAAUCUCUCUUUUCCUCGUCGGGUAAGUAGCUUUUGUGUGACUACAGGGUUUUUUUGUUUUAUUACUUCUUAUCGUGCAAUUAUUUUUGAUGGAACUGAAGCCUUAGGCAGUGUGUGACGAAGCUACAUUCAUCAAACGGAUAGCGAGUGUGUCCUGCACAUGCUGUGAGGUUUUAUGUCAGCUGACACCCACCGAAACGGACAUCCGGAAAACACAGAGGUGUGCACAGAUCAGGAGGUGACGGGGGGGGACAGGGGUCAGCUGGCAUGCAUGAAUUAGCGAAAAAAGACGAAGAAGCAGAUGUAUUAAAAUCAUAUUGAUCAGUUACAUAAUAAGGAACAAGAUGAGUCCCGACGGGCUGUUUUCUUGUGAUAUUAUACAACAUUUGCAAUAAAAGAACACAUUUUCAAUGUAAUGGUGCAUUGUUUUUGUAUGCUGCAGGUAAUUUCCAACGAGCAACCCUGAAUUAUGGUUCAAGUAAUACCAAUUCAGUACACAAAAACAGAAAAAAAAAAGCUUUUUGUUUAAUUGGACUAAAAUACAAGUGAUUAGGUAUUACAUUUAAUUAAUGCAGUCCUAUAUAUGUAUUAUCGCAUUAUUGGCUACAGUUUCUGCAAUUCAACCUCAGAAAUGUGAAAACUAUUGGAACGUCACCGCAAUAUCAAGUUUAUUAACAUACUUUUGGUUGCUCACAGACAAAUAAUCCCUCCAUCUGUGCACACCACUCCACACUCACUCCAUCAAGUGUUUUUUUUUUUUUUUUGUCCUUUACUAUUAUCAAAAGGCCAGUUGUUUUUACACGAAGUACCUGCAGAUAGCAGAAAGCUUCUGACGAUUUGGUUUGUUACUCAGACUCUGCCCUCUCCCCGCUUUUCUCUCUCGCUCGUCUGUUUUUGUGUGGUGACCACUUCUGGAUAUGAACUAUAGAGCUUUGUACACAUAUAUAGUUGAUGUAUUUAAUGAGAGAGCUAAUGCAGAAGACAGUGUUUUCUUUUAUUUUGAAGUGUUCUUGUGUCCUGGUACUUCGCCCCUCUCAUCCCUCCCUCUAGGUGCAGUUAGAUCAGGUCUUUUGGCAGCGCUGUCUUCCCCCCUCCUCUUUUUUUGGUGUUUUUUAUCCAUCUUUCUUUAGAGUUUUAUCCUAAAAUACCUGUUUUAAUCUGUUGGCUGGCCAGUACUGUUGUUGUUAAAAAAGAAAAAAAAAUACUAUACAUUAAAAAAACUGAGAUUUAAAAAAAGGUAAAAUGUCAGUUUUACUAAGUUCCACUUUUCAGAUAUGUAGCAUUUUGAAUAUUGUAAUAAAAAAGUAAAUAAGAAAGACAGUAAGAGGCGAAGUUGCCACAUUUUAAUCACAUAGUUUUCCAGUUGCAUAUAUAUAAAGGCUGUGGUGCUUUAUAGACCUUAUAUAAGUCAUUUUUAGAGCUUUUAUUGGAUCCACUAACACUGUUUAAAUGUUUUUCUGCCUUAAGAUGUGCUGAGCUUCUCUUUAAAGUGGGUUUUAAUCUGUAUAAACGUGCCUUAUCGUGACUGUAGAUUUACCCUUCCAGCACACAGUUUGUUCAGUCCGACCUGUAGAUGAAACUCUGGAGGUUUUUUUCUUGAACUGAUCACUUUUCAAGUCGCAGUGAUUUCAGUUUAGAAAAAAAAGAAAAACCUUCUGGUUUGCUAGCUCACACCUCCGUUUCGGUUCCCUCCUUCUUGAAGAUCAUUUAUUUCCACGUAGAACAAGCAGACCGUUUAGUGGAAGCCUCUUUGCUUUUGUUCACUCUUGUGGUGCGGAUUCAGAUGUGCUUCGCUCGGGGUCCCAGUCCACAUCCCUGGUGCACUCCGAGUUCAGAUGUCCAACGCCACAGCCCUCCAACUGAGUGUGAACACCUUAGAACACAUUAGAACACAACGUAGAUCUCCUGGUGACUUUGCGGCUUGAGGUUUUAAAGGAAACCGUUUCCCCGGCGGCCCACGGAGCCGCUCGAUGGGGUCUUUAAGGAUUAGCUGGAAAAGAAUCGACUGUACUCGUAUAAGUUUGAUGAGUAGUGUCGCACCAUGCUGCACAUGCUGCUUUGAUUGUGCAUGUGAGCUUUUCUGGCACUAGCGCUGCGAUGUGGGUGAUGCUAACCGCGUCCGUGGGAUGAAAUCUCAAAAAAAAAAAAAAAAAAGAAGACGGCUCAUUCUUUGGUAAUUUGAAAUAUGUUCAUUAAACUGUGCUCACGAGCUCUCGCAACAUGAAACCCAAACCAAAUGCUUUGAAACAGCUCCCAAACUAAUUGAAAGUUUUGCUGAAAUGAUUGUUUGCUUUAUUUCCUUCAUACAUUAAAAUCGAGAGGUUAACGGUCAUGUGAUGGAGUUAUUUCCAGCACAAUUUACCCACUGACAUUCGUUUCCCCAUUCAUCCACUCACAGAUCACUCCUAUUCCACGAUUUUAUCUCCCGAAACGUAUUUUUUUUCACAGCUUAAAAAAAAAAUGUGUACAUGUGUUCAAAUAAUAAAAUUGGAAUUCCUUCAUAUUUGAAUUUUUAAAGCCAAUGAACCCAUUCCUUAUUGCUGGAUCUUAAAAAAGCACCUUAUAGCAUGUUCAAAAUGAUCUUUUUUAAAUUGUUAUAUCUAUUUUUGGAUGCAAAUUUAAAGUGCAAUAUGGACAUGUUAUUGGAACGGUUGAUUUUCGGACGCCAAAGAUGAUUCAGCACUACAGCGUUUAAUGCACACUGAAGGAGACGGAUUGUUUUUAGCAACUCAUGAGUUAAGAAACAAAUCGUGUUAAUGUAAGUGAACAGAGUUGGCUAGAUGAAAGUUGAUUUUAAAUUAAAAAAAAAUAAAAAUAGACAGAAGGGACGUUCCACAGCUAUUCUGAACUUGGCAUUUUAAGGAAAAGACGGUUUGUUCUAUCAGAAACCAAAACUGGGUGUCAGCUGUCCUGAAGGACAGAAGAAAGCUGAAUUAUCUGAGAAUGCCGGUUUGAACAGUAGAUGGGACUCUCUGAACUGUAGCAGGUUUCUCACCGGUGGUAGCGCUCGACAUUCUGUGCUGCUUGAAGGGUCCAGCUCAAAAAAAACAAAAAAAAACAAAACCUGGAGUCCAUCGGCUCCACUUGGUCUCCUCUUUGAAGACAACAUCAGCAUUUUCUCUUUGGUUUUGUGUAA